UAUGUGGUCUACGGUGACAUGAUCUUACUCCCUCCAAACGCAUUCGAUGGACCCCUCGGUACGACUCCCUUGCUGCAGGCCGACGUGGAUCCUAUGUACAAGCUGAUCUCCCGCCAUCUUAAGGUCACUCACAUCGCUACUACCAAGCCCAUACCGCUCCUCAACAGCGAUGAUGCCGGGGAGGAGAACGUGUUGCGCUCGCCAAAGGACUUCACAACACUUUACGGCGACUUCGGCCCAGCAACAGCAAGCGAUCCGCCAACCCAGGAAGACUUCGACAAUGCCUACUGGGUCACGGCGAAACAGAACGGCAUCUACCAAACGUGGGCGCCUCGCUGGACCAUGUUCUCACGUGGCAACAUCAGUGAAAAAGCUCGACUGUUAACCUUACCUUCUCUUCUGUCCGCAAUCGAGGACGGAGAGGCAGGAACCGGUUGCACAGCAGUCGAUCUUUAUGCCGGCGUUGGCUACUUCGCGUUCAGCUACUUGAAGGCUGGUUUUGAUAAAGUGGUGUGCUGGGAUCUGUCUUCAUGGAGUGUGGAGGGUUUGAUGAGAGGUGCGAGAGCUAACAACUGGAAAGCGUUGCGCGUUGCGAGCGAGGCGGAGAUGGAUGAAGCUUGCCAGAACAAGGAGGUGAGGCUACUCGCCUUCUCCGAAGGGAACGAGAGAGCAAGCGAGAGGAUAGCGAAUAUGCGGCGUGAGCUACCACCCGUCAGGCAUGUAAACUGCGGACUAUUACCCAGUUCGAAAGGAAGCUGGCAAACCGCUGUCGAAGUACUUGACUGCGAGCAUACUGGCUGGUUGCAUGUUCAUGAAAACUUCGCCGUGGGCGAGAUCGAACAGAAGGCGGAGGACGUCCGGCAACGGAUUGAGGAACUCGUCAACGAACGUAGGUGCGGAAACAUCACCGACAUGGCCCGGGUGACACUUCUGCACGUCAAUCGCCUUAAGAGCUAUGCUCCCGGCGUAACCCACUGUGUGAUAGAUAUACAGGUUGCGCCAUUGCAG